AUGGGGAAGGAAGACGGAGCAUGGCCACGUCCCUUCCGCGACUGGCUGGCCUGGGUAAAAGGGGAGAAGGGGAUCAUGGAGUUCAAGCCAACGGUGGACUUCUUGAAGAUCUUGUCAUCUCCAAAUACCAGCCUCCAGUAUUAUCUGCAGACUAUUAUUGCAGAGGUCAUGCGUGUCCUUAACGCCGACCGUUGUUCCAUCUUCUUCGUGGAUGACAUGCGAAAAGAGGUUUGGUGCGUCGGCUCGCUCGACAUGGAGCCGUUCUGUCAGCCCUGGGACAAGGGCAUCGUGGGCAUGGUCGCAACCGAGGGGAAGAUGGUCAACCUAGCAGAUGCUCAUGACCAUCCAGCGUUCGAUGGUGAGAUCGAGAAGAAGACGGGCUACACUGUCAAAGGGAUCUUGUCCCUGCCCGUGAAGAGCGUACUGAACUUGGACAAGGCCAUCGGCGUCAUCCAAGUCCUGAACAAGCGCAGCUCGCCCAAGGGAGAGUUUUCGGAGCAAGAUGCGGUGGAACUGCAGAAGCUUGCGAUGGUCAUCGGGGACUCUUUCUACCGACAGCGGUAUAAGGCGCUCGAAGAGGUCACGGGCCACCAAGACUCCGAAGUGCAAGCUGUGCUGGACCAGCAUCGGGAGAGGAUGUACUUGGACCGCCAGCAAUCUCCAGCCAUGAGCACUCCGCCCGAAAUCCUGCGGUCGCUCAGCCGACAGCCAUUCCUCCGCGAGUGCUCGCCAUUGCAAGUGGAAGAUCUGGCUUCGCUCAAUUUCGACGUUCUCGAUCAGGAAGAGACCUUCCUCCAGGAGUUGGUUCCGGACAUCUUCAGGCACGCUGGCUGCAUCGAAAACUGCAAAAUUCCGGAGAAGCAGCUUCUGGCCUAUCCGGAGGCUGUCUUUCGGGGCUACAGAAAGAAUUCCUUCCACAACGCCUAUCACGGCUUCGCCGUGUAUCAGAUGUGCUUCCACCAGUUCAGCACCAUAGACACGUUCAGCAAACUUACAGCGACGCAGGGCUUUGGUCUUUUGGUGGCGGCGCUGUGCCACGACAUCGACCAUCCAGGCUUCACGAACAGCUACUUGAUCAGGUUGCAAGACGACCUGGCCUUGCGCUAUAAUGACAAUUCCGUGCUGGAGAACCACCAUGCGUCUGUGGCCUGCACCUUGCUUCGCGAUGAGAAGACGGCCAUAGGCAGCGGCUUAGCCAAAGACGAGCAGGUGGUGUUUCGCAAGACCAUCAUCAAGUGCAUCUUAGCCACGGACAUGGCGCACCAUCAGGGCCUUUGCCAGCGCCUCAUAGGCUGCCACAGCGCCGACGACUUCAAGGCAACAGCUGAGGAAGACCCUCAGUUUCUGAUGAAUGUCUGCGUUCAUGCAUCUGAUCUGUCCGCCCAGGCGCUGGACUGGGAGGUGGCCAAGAAGUGGGAAGAAAGAAUAUGCCAAGAGUUUGUGGCACAAGCAGCGAAGGAAGUGGAGAUGGGUUUCACACCGGAGCCCUUCAUGCAGUUCAAAAUGGAGGACAUGAAGCAGCGGGGCAAGUUGCAGCGAGAUUUCGUGGACUUCGUCUUGCGACCACUGUGGGAGCCGUAUGCGCAGCUGGAGCCCUGUCUGGAUCCGUGCCUGACAAAUCUGAUCAAGAAUCGGACCCUCUACGAAGUGCGGAGGAUCUAUGGCUCUGACCAGAUGGACUCAAUGGCAGACUCUGACCUGGACCUCCUUCUGCCGGGCAUGGCUCGUGGCGAGCCUCGGGGUGAAGCGCUGCCGCAGCUGACGCCCCGUACGGUUGCGGCCAUCGUGGAGGGCCGCUCCGGGAGCAAGGCGGGCGGGUCUGCGCCGCUCUCGCUUCCUGCUGUAGGUGGCAAGGAAGCCCCGCCAAGAUGCAGAGGUCUUAUCGUUUCACGAAAGUGCAUGAACCUCGUGCACUGCCAGUGCUUCAUCAGACGAAACCAAAAAGAGGCCACGAAGGGCGCCAGUAUCCCGGAGAAAUAUCGUGGCCUUGAAAGGCCGCUGGAAGUCACGCGCCAACAGGCUUCUCCCGCAGUCCCUGCCAACCCGUUCGACCUUUCUCCGGCUGAGCUGAAACGUGCGACCACCCCGCCGGCCAACACUCCGCCUCGUGCAGCACUGACCUCGCAGAGGCCAUGCUGGCCUCAACCGGCCCCACCGCCAGCAGCAGGUCGCCGGUCCCCACCCCCGCGGGGGCGCAGUCCUGUGGAGGAGGCCUGGGAUCUUCCCGUGUCAGCCCUGGAUGCAGAGAAGGAGAAGAAACGGAAAGGCGACUGUGGCCGAACUGCCGUGGCCACUGUCAGCCUGGGGUUGCUCGGCCUGAGUCUGUGCACCGUGGCCGCGGCACGAAUCCAUGGCCACCUGCAGGGAAGUGGCGGAGCAGGCACGGCAUGGCCGUGGUCAUCUCACCGCAAGGUGUCGAAGUCGAAGACUGGCUUGCGAGAUCAUAUCCUCCAGCGGAACCCAGGAUCGGAGCAACCAUCACUACCACACGAUCAUUUGAGAGGCUGGGCUGAGGAGGGCCCGCCAAGCAGCGCCACGGCAGCGUCGUCUGAGGCAUCCUGGCUGCCGCAGUGGCGAGAGUCGCCGCCGGCUCCCCACUCCUCGGCAGCGCGCUGGAAUCUGAUCCCACGACCACAGCGCUUGCAGGUAUUGCAUUCUCACGCUCAGCCCGGGCCGCUGAAGAGCACAAACGUGUCUCUGUGGUGGGCGACGAAGCAGCACGUGAUACCGGCAGCUGGAAGCCAAGAAAGGGCAGCAUUGAUUGCCUUCCGAGACCUCCUCGGUGUGUCGCCGGCACCCUUGGGCACUGUUCCAGCCCCUUUGGGCUCUGUGACGGUCUCGAUCAGAAGCAGCCUUCGCUCGGCACGAGAAUCCUGUGCAGAGCUUGUUGGCUACAAGCUUGCGGACUACAUUGGCCUGGAGCUGGAAGAGGACUGCCACACCACAGAGUGGCACUUCGUCCUCCGAUGGCGCGGGCGCACCGCAGUUUGUGCAACAAGGCCGGAAGGCGCCUUCCGGUUCGCGUUCAGUACGUUCAGACAGAUGCAUGUCGAAGGAUUCGAAGGAGCAAAGUUCUCCUCUGAUGCAAGUGCACCCAAUUUUCUCUUGGAGGAUUGGCCACGCCACUGCUGGCGAGGGCUGCACCUCGACGUGGUGCGGCACUGGAUGCCCGUACCCUUCGUGAAGCUGUACAUCAAGGCGAUGGCAACCUACAAGGCCAAUGUUUUCCACUGGCAUCUCACAGAUGACCAAGCUUGGAGACUGUAUCUUCCUAGCCGACCAAAGCUUGUCGAAGCACAAAGAGCGACGUCUCCAGAGUUUUACAGUCAGGACGACGUGAGAGAGGUGGUGGAGUUUGCCACGAACCUCUUCGUCACAGUUGUCCCCGUGAUAGAAAUGCCGGCCCAUGUCAUUGCGGCGCUGUCGGUCUACCCCGAGCUCGCUUGCCAUGCGGGCCCCUUCGAAGUGCCAGUGACGCGGGAGCGCAUCUACAAGGAAGUCUUGUGUGUUGGCAAGGCCUCCACCCUGCUGUUCGCUGCGGACGUCCUCAAAGAUGUUGCGGCCAUGUUUCCAAGCAGGUAUGUGCACGUUGGUGGCGACGAGGCAAGGUUCGAAAUAUGGCAGGAAAGCGAACACGUCAGGGCCUUCGCGGGUCUUGCAGGGCUUCGCAACCUGGGACCAGAUGUUAUGGAGGCCUGGUUCUGCGCAGUGGGGAAAAUCCUGAAGGAGCUUGGAAAGCAGCCCAUCAUGUGGGACGACCACUUUGCCGAGAGGCCGUGGUGCACGAAACUGUGCCCCAAUGCAGAAGAGGAGUGGAUCAUCCAAGCCUGGCGGAUGACCCCACCAGUUGGGGAUGGCAAUGCUAUCGAUCCCGGCUUCGCAUUUCGCACCAUUUCAUCUUCAACGCAAAUGGCAUACCUGGACUACCCGCUGCAGUCCAUUGACUUCAACCGUACACUGGACAUGCUCCCUUCGACGGGCCCUCGAAUGCUGGGAGGAUGCGCCACCAUGUGGACUGAAGACAGCAAACCUGGUGAUGUGGGUGCAAAGGUCUACCCUCGCUACAUGGGCAUUGCGGAACGGUUGUGGGGAGGCAUUGUCGAUGCCAAAGAACCACGAACAUUGGAUGAAGACCUGCGGACAGCUGCAAUGGCGCAUUGCAGCUCAAAGGGGCUCCUUCCCACAGACCUUGGCUACACCUGCGGGCGCUUCGAGCCGAUGGAAAGCAUCCGGAGCCCGGUGUUCAAGAGCGCAGAGAUUUUCGCGACAAUGGAUUCCUUUGCUUCAGCCUAUGCUGCAGACCGCGCCAUCGACACCAAUGACGAGAGCUACUUCUGGGCCAUCUCACCGAGGGCGGGUGAUUACGUAGACGUGACAUUCCGGCCGGAGACCCCUGCUGCCCGUGUUGGCGCCAAGUGGCUUCGCCAGCUCACGGUCAGGACGGGCUCCAAGGAUCGACCUGGUGAUCAACUUGCCCAAGGUUUAGUGAAGGUGACGCAGUGGUUGCAGGACACCACAACGGGAAACCGUGCGAGUGCUUGGGUCGCUCUUUGCAGCUUUCAGAACGGCAUCUGCGAUGCCCCAAAGGACGUGCUUGCUGACGGCCCCAUCUCAGUCAUUCGGAUUCUGGCCACAGCAAAUCAGGACAAGUGGAUGGCGAUGCCAUCCAUCGUGGCCGAAGAGAUCGCAGGACCAGAGCUACAGCUGUCCAACUCGCAGGCCGCGAUCGAUGUCCCGAUCAAAGCAAACCGAAGCCGAAGUCCUCGAGGGCAUCACGCGCAGACACAUUCCACUGCGCACCAAGCUACGCCAGCUCCUACUGUGAAACAUCGAGUCCCACGAAAGAAACGCCGGCACAACUUCACCAAGAUGACGCCCCGCCAGGCCCCCACGGGCACGCCGGCCGCCAACGUGACCAACGUGUCGGCCGGUUUGGUGGUACAAGCCUUGACAAAUCGCACCUGA